CACUCGGCAGUCCGGGAGUGCUUUAGAGUUAGCGCGAGCGCGAAGCCGUGUGGACGGGACAACGAGUGCGUGCUCCAGUAAAUUUCUAGUCGGUUACUUUGCUACAUUAUCAGACGAGUUCAUCUUUUCCAACCGGCUAACCCGCCCUCGUUGCGGCGGCAGCCCCGAGGACGAGCCGUCCGAAGCCCGCGAUGGACUUUCAAGUGCGCAACUGAGGGAAGCUGUUUGCUUCGAACCGAGGAUCUAAGAGGAGCGACCGCGCCAUGCCGCUGCCUUUAUUGCUACUUCUAUUGGUGCAUCUGGUGGGCCUCGAGAUCGCGCAAGGUUUAUCGACUAUUGCGACCGAGGAGUUACAAAAUCAAGAAUUCUCGGAAUUCAGAGCUGGCUGUUACUUUUCUGCCGAGUACCAAGGGGAGUUCGUGAUGCAGGUGAGCAGCGGCAAUAGCAUUGGCAACACCAGGGGCAAUAUUAACACCUUCGACGAUGGCGAGCCCAUAGUCCAAUACUCCAUACUCAACAUUACAUUUGAUGCUAUCCCUGUCUGGGGAUAUUGUCAUAGAAAAAUCGACAAUAAGGUGUUACUUAGGGACAGGCGCGGUGGAUAUGGUGAGUGCAUAAGGUGUUUCCAACUAAUUCGGCGAUCACGUAAUAUCAUCGAGGUUUACUUAAAAGAUCUUAACAGGUGCUAUACGAAUGAAACUGUCGCGAUCGAAUCAUGCAAUCAACUCAACUCCACCGCAAUCUUAUAUCGUAUUAGUGAAGUUGGAGGCGAAAAAAUAAGAAAUGAGUACUGCCCGUUCGCAGGAAAAUAUCGCUUCAAGUACAGUGUGAAUUAUGAUUUUGAUGUCUUGGAAAAUAAUAAUGCCGAAAUAAGAGACGAGUGUUUGGAUAAUUGUCCAGUUGGUUCACUUUUGCAUUUACAAUUCAAGCGAUGCUCUUUCGACGAUCACGACGUAACUUUCGAGUGUCUUGGUACAUGGCCAAUAUCGAAUUCAAGAACAAACAGUGAUAAUCCUAUGUACGUAGCACUUUUGGAUAGUAGGGGUAGUGCAGAAUUUUCUGGUCCCGCUAGGCGUAGACGACCUCGUUAUCGCUGUGGGAUAUACCACGUUGAUAGUAAAACAGCAAAAACAUAUUUAACACUUAGCAGCGACUCAAGUUGCACUCAAAAUCUUCAUAAUUCUACAAAUGGUUAUGAAAGCCUUGUACUUAGUAAAACAACGACUCAGAGAAAUAUGCCAAACUAUGUUAUAAAAAAUUUAGCAACAUUUCCUUCGUGGGCUCAAGGGGAAUGGGAAGAAACUCUAAUAGUUAAUGGAACAAUGACAUUCAAUGAUUUGAACGGGUACAAGAGUUUUACGUUUGUAACUGUAGAUUCCAAUGAAGAAAUCGGACGUUACAUCGUAUUUUCUAGAGAUCAGUGCGAACAGGAAGCUUAUGUUUGCUUAAUAAUGAAGCAACGUAGUGAAAAUGUUUUGGAAUUCAUAACAGGUACAAUGUCUAGUCCAGUGUAUCAAUCAUUUCUCUGCAACGACACGAGUGUUUUACUGGACAGGUCGAGUGCGGUUUGGUGGACUCUUGCGCGACUCGAGCGCACGAUAGAAUCUCCAUGUCCAAUAACGGGUCAGUACACGGGCCAGAAUACAGAUUUUCCGGGGAUGUGUGCUGAGCUAAGUAGCAAUUGUAAUAACCGUCAGGUCAUGUAUUACAAAGUAUAUGAUUGUGACUCCGGAGAGCUAUACGAAGAACGAACCUACUUAUGCUUGGGACAGUGGGAAGAGAAAGGAGUUACGUACACUUAUACCAUGAGAAAUGAUACCGGUACGAACGAAUGCUUCGUUGGAAUCAUAAUAAACGAUGAAGAGAUUUACAUCAAAGAAGCCGGCGACUAUUGUAUACGAAAUAUAGAUCCUAAAACUGAAGGCAUGCGAUUAUACAGAAAAGGUCAAUGUUACGGGAAUUCAUCUAGUCCUGCCCCAACAAUACCGACCAAUACGAGUCCGCAUAUUCCUAUUAUGAAAAUAACGACGCCAAUAAAGACGAUAACAACACGAAUGCCAAUGUCGACAAGAAUUAGAGGCAUUGUUAAAGGGUAUUCGACAACGGAAAGGAUGCCGCCCAUAAUUAGGUCGUCCACUGGUUCGCUUUAUAAAGGCAAUGUUACUCUUGUGAGCCUUUUUGUAACUUUAUCAAUUAUCUAUACAUUCAUUAUAAUUUCUUCGAAAACUAUAAAUUUCCAUGUUUAAUGAUUGUGAAUUAUGAAUGACAACUAAAUGAUAUAGUUGAGAAUGCUUUUAAAAAUGAAUGUCACUUUACUAUUUAAAUUUAUUUGUACAUACG